GUUCGAUCGAAAUUGUCACGCAGCUGUCAUUGAAGUGCGUGAGGAACUGGACAAUUUCCGUGGUGUGUUCUCUUGAAGCCCUAAAUUCUCGUGUUUUCACACCCGCACGCACACAUGGAGAUCAACAAGACGACGCUGGGCAUCGCGGCGGGCGUGGCGGGCACGCUCUUCCUCGGCUACUGCAUUUACUUCGACCACAAGAGGCGCACGGAUCCGGAGUACAAGAGGAAGGUCCGCGAGAGGCGGCGCAAGGCGAAGAAGGCGGCGGCGGCGAACCGUCCGGACAUGCCGAAUCUGAUGGACAAGGAGGCUGUCCAGAAGUUCUUCCUGCAGGAGAUCCAGCUGGGCGAGAUGCUGAUCAGCAACGGGCAGAUCGAGCAGGGCGUGGAGCAUCUGGCCAACGCCGUGGUGGUGUGCGGCCAGCCCACGCAGCUGCUGCAGGUGCUGCAGCAGACGAUGCCCGCCCAGGUGUUCACGCUGCUCAUCCACAAGAUGAAGGAGUACAGCAGCAAGAUGGGCCAGCCCAGGGAGGGCGGCGGCGUCGAGGAGCUGAGCGACGACCUGGAGUAGCGGCCGCAGAGCUUUCGCGCUGUCUUAGAAGAGUGUCUCAGUUGUGUUCCUUCCGCAUUGCAGCUGAUCAAACUGUACGAGCGCCCCUCAUUUUGGAAUCUAGUGUAAUAAAUAUAUUUCUU